CUCCUUCUUCCGCCAUCAACCGGAACUAGUAGCUCGUCUCUGUCACUGGUUCUUCUUCUUCAAACGCCGUCGUUUUCUACUCCAACCCCAUUCAUUCAAUCACCGUCUUUGACGCUCUCUGUGACAAAAAAAAAAAGAGGGAAAAUUUUCUCUUUUUCCGAACGCCUCUGGAACCUGAAGAGCAGCAAUGGCCAGACAAUUAGACUCUUAUUCGCUUUGUAUGUACAGGAAUAGGAGCUUCCAACACGACCUGCCAAGACCAUCGGAGGUAAUAAUACCCCAUGCUUCUUCCUCUAUAUCUUUGGGUUCCAAGUUAAAUUUUCGUGCUGAAACACGAUACCAAGAAAACCCAUCUCGGAAAUCAGUUUUGAGACAUGGGUUUAUGUGGGAUGGAUCUAUAAUCGAUGUUUCUUCGUCUGGUAAGCUAGUCAAGGAGUAUGUGGACGAUGGGCGUCACGAAGAUGCAGUACAGGUUUAUGUUAAAAUGCUUGAGUGUGGUAUACCGGUUGAGGAAUUUCGUUUUUUUCCAAUGUUGAUUAAGGCUUUUGGAGCAAUUUCUGAUAUAGAAAAGGUCAGACAGAUUCAUGGGCAUUUGUUGAAGUUAGGAGCUUUAGAUGAUAUUUAUGUUUUGAAUUCACUUUUAGGUGUUUAUUGGAAAUGCGGGGUGGCUGAGGAUGCAAUUCAGUUGUUUGAGAAGAUUUGCACUAAGGAUUUGGUUUCGUGGAACACGAUGAUAUCCGGGUUUUGUCACUCUGGAGAUUACAUGGGGUCAUUGAGAAUAUUUAGUCAGAUGAUCCGGCAACAUGGUGUGUUCCCAAAUAGGGUAGCUUGCCUUUCUGCGCUCUCGUCUUGCGCUUCAAUUGAAUCUUUAAUUCAUGGCAGAGAGAUUCAUGCAUUUGUUGUGAAAAAUAAUUUUGGGGAUGAGUUCUUGUUUAGCGCACUAAUAGACAUGUACAUGAAGUGUGGGGAUGUAAAGAAUGCGGAAUUCAUUUUUGGAGGCAUCCUUAAUGAUGAUUCUAUCAAAGGAAAUACAGUGGUUUGGAAUGUCAUGAUUUCAGGCUAUGUGUCCAAUGGAUAUUUGUCACAGGCAGUGGAGUUGUUCCAAGAGAUGUUGGCAAUUCAGAUAUUACCAGAUUUCUCAACUAUGAUUGCUGUUUCAGGUUUGUGCUCUGAGUUACUGGAUUUAGCAGUUGGAAAACAAAUUCAUGUAUUAGCUAUUAGCUUUGGACUGGACAAUGAUUCAAGGGUCGAAACAGCUCUUAUAGACAUGUAUUUUAAAUGUGGAGAUCCUAAAUCUGGUCUUGAUAUCUUCAGAAAGUCUCAAAAUCAUAAUACUGUCAUGUGGGGUGCUGUAAUCUCAAAUUGUGCUCAGAGUGGCUCUCCCACUGAAGCAUUGGAACUGUUUCACGACUAUAAUAUAGAAUAUGGCUUUGUUGAUCCUGUCAUAGUUUUGGCUGUUUUGAGGGCCUGUUCUUCCUUGAUUCUUAAAGGGGAAGGUAUGGAAAUUCACGGGCUAGUGGUAAAAUCAGGAUUCGAUUCAGAUGUUUUUGUUGGUGGUGCCUUAGUAGAUAUGUAUGCCAAGUGUGGAGAUAUUGAAUCUGCCCAAAAAGUCUUUCAUAGAUUACCAUCUAGAGAUUUGGUCUCUUGGAAUGCUCUAAUAUUAGGGUAUGCUCAGAAUGAAUGUCCAAAUGAAACUUUAAAGGCAUUCCGAGAUAUGCAAUCUGAACUGAUCCAACCCAAUACUGUGUCAUGUGCAUGCAUUCUUUCAGUUUGUGCACUAUUGUCAGCCAUGCUCAUUUGCAAGGAGGUUCAUGGUUACCUACUGCGGCAGGGUUUUGAUUCAAAUGUUCUAAUUAGCAAUUCUCUUAUAACAACUUAUGCAAAAUGUGGAGACAUAAACAGCUCAUGGGUUAUCUUUGAGAAAAUGUCUGAGAGAAACCAAAUAUCAUGGAAUUCAAUUCUGCUGGGGUUAGGAAUGUAUGGCCAUGCUGAUAAAGUAUUUGCUUUAUUUGGGAAAAUGAAAGAUGCAGGAACGAAGCCUGACCAUGCAACUUUUACAGCUCUUCUGUCUGCUUGCAGCCAUGCAGGAAGAGUUGAAGAGGGGUGGAAAUACUUUAGAAGUAUGGUUGAAGACUAUAAAAUUGAACCUCAACUUGAACAAUACACCUGCAUGGUUGAUCUUUUAGGCCGAGCUGACCAUCUAAAACAGGCAUAUGAGAUGAUUUUGAUGAUGCCUUGUGUUUUUGAUGAUAGAAUAUGGGGAUCAUUGCUUGCAUCAUGCAAAAGUCAUGGAGAUGAAAGAUUGGCAGAAGUUGUGGCAAGUCACAUAUUCAAACUUGAUCCCGCUAGCAUUGGUUACCGUGUCCUCCUCGCAAACUUGUAUGAAGACUAUGGGAAGUGGAAUGAAGUUACAAGGGUUAGAACAGAAAUCAAAGGCAGAGGACUCAAAAAGAGGCCUGGAUGCAGUUGGAUUGAAAUCAAAAACAAAACCCAUACUUUUACUGCAGGUGAUAGUUCCCACAAUCAGUCUGAGGAGAUAUAUGCUGCAAUAGAUAGUUUAACAACACAAAUUGCAAAGGCAGGGUGUAUUUAGCCAAGCGCAAAUAGUAUAAGUUGGAAUUCACGAGGUUAACUUCAAAGAUCUUAUAUCAGCUAGAGAAAAAUGGAUCUGUUUCUGAGUUCAAGUGGAAACAAUGGCCAAAGUGCUUCAACCGGAAUGAUCUGAUGAGGCAAAGCCUGAAAUAUGGUUGACAAAAAAUGGGAUAAUACAUUAUGCAAAGGUCAGCAGAGAGAUUUAUUGAAAGAUGGGAUAUUAAAUUUGGCUUACAAACUCAGGUUUCAAAUUUGUAUUAUAUGAGAAUUCCAAUUUCAUUGACUAAAAAGGUCCAUCCAUCACCGACAAUACCCACCAAAUUUUGUUGUCAAAUCCUUACAGCUUGAAACUCUUAGAUGCAGUAAAACACCAAUUUUGGUGUCCCCUUGUGUUCCAAAUUAUCUGACCAGAGCGUUGGCAGAAAAAUCUAGUGUUUCAAUGUAACAUUAUUGGAUGAGCAAAAAAAAGAAAGGAAAAAAGGAACUUCAUUGGCAUCAAGGUUCCAAUUACCAA